CAAAUUUUCAACCAACCAACCAACCAACCCCCCCACUCUUAUUUUUUUUUGUCAAUAUACUCCAAUGCAUACCAUUCGGUUUGCCAUUUCAAAAAGGCCAUUGUCAAUUACCAAGACUGGUCAAACUCUAAAGGCAUUCCAACCCCUCAAUCGCUUGUCUUACUCGAGUGCCUGUCAUACUACACAAGAUCCAGUCGAGAUCUUGCAUUCUCCAGAACAAGAAACCAAGCCUACAAAAAGCAAUCCCAAGAAGAGACUUGUGUUUGACAGUAGAUCACCAUCAUUUGAAGAAUUCUUGGCUAAAGGACCAAAAACUCCCAUUGACCCUGCCCUUGUACGCCCAGACAAUAUUCCUUACCUCAAUGUAAAUGGCCUUGACUGGGGCCGCGGUCGUAAAUUCUACAUUGAAGUGUAUGGAUGUCAGAUGAAUGUAAACGACACUGAGAUUUUGAAUGCUAUUAUGACAAAUGCUGGCUAUGAACGAACAACCGAAAUGAGUGAAGCUGAAGUUGUAUUUCUUGUUACCUGUGCUAUUCGUGAAAAUGCAGAAACCAGAAUAUGGGAGAGACUCAAAUAUUUGCGCCAUUACCGAACAAAGAUCAAUGUAGACAAACCGCCACUGGUUGGUGUCCUUGGUUGUAUGGCAGAGAGACUAAAGACAAAAAUGUUGGAACAAGACAAAUUGGUGGAUAUUGUGUGUGGGCCUGAUGGAUAUCGAUCAAUUCCUCAUCUUAUUUCACUUGCCGAAAAUGAAUACCACAAUGGUGUUGCCAACGUUAUGCUCUCAGCCGAUGAGACUUAUGCAGAUGUGAUGCCGAUGAGACUCGACAAAGACAAUGUAUCUGGGUGGGUAUCAAUCAUGAGAGGAUGCAACAAUAUGUGUAGUUUUUGCAUUGUUCCUUUCACCAGAGGAAACGAACGUAGUCGACCAAUUGACUCCAUUAUUGAUGAAGUACGUUAUUUGAGUGAUCAGGGUGUUAAAGAAGUUACUGUACUUGGUCAAAAUGUAAAUUCUUAUCGGGACACAUCUGAGUCUACAUACUACAUGUCAGAGGCUCCUUUGGGAACAGAGCUAAGCAACCCAGGCUUCAAAACAAUCUACAAGCGCAAGGAUGGUGGGCGUCGAUUUACCGAACUGCUGGAUAAGAUCAGUCUUGUAAACCCAGAGAUGCGUGUGCGAUUCACUUCUCCCCAUCCCAAAGAUUUCCCUACGGAUCUCUUGCAUCUGAUUGCCUCUAGACCAAAUCUGUGUAAAUCCAUUCACAUGCCGAUCCAAUCAGGAAGCAACACUGUCCUUGAGAGAAUGCGCCGAGGAUACAAACGUGAGGCAUAUCUUGACCUUGUAGAUGAGAUGAGACGCAUUAUUCCAAAUGUCUGGAUUAGUAGUGAUUUCAUUACUGGUUUCUGCGGAGAAACGGACGAAGAGCACCGUGACACAGUAACUCUGAUGGAACAAGUAAAGUAUGAUACAGCAUUCAUGUUUGCCUACAGUAUGCGAGAAAAGACACACGCACACAGACGUUAUGUGGAUGAUGUUCCUGAACCAGUCAAAGCCCAGCGUUUAAACGAAAUCGUCACAACAUUUCACAGGGUCGCAGGUGUAAAGAACCAGAAAUUGAUUGGAACCAAACAAUUGGUACUAAUUGACACCGAAAGAUUAAAAACGAAACGUGGAAUCGAAACCCGAUUGAGUGGUCGAACUGACGGUGGUCAUAAGGUGUUUAUUCUGGAAAGCCCGAGUUUGGCUCCGUUUUCAAAAGGUGAUUAUGUUGCAGUCGAGAUUACAUCAGCCACAAGUGGCAGCUUUACAGGCAAGUUUUUGUCGCCUAGUUCAAUCCAGCAAUUUUCAACUGCAUAAAAAAUUGGAGAUAUGGUAGAUUUAGAGAUAUAGAUAGAAAAGUUGAUACUAUUGCUUUCAUUGUCAUUGUUAUUAUUGUUAUUGUUAUAUUAUCAUUAUUAGUCCUUCAUAUUUCUUACAUUAUAUUCCUUUACUAUUUUAAUACACCCAAAAACUACAAGAGAAAUACAAUGCAAUACACAAAAUAUACUUCUUU